UCUUCCCCCCUCUCUCCCCCUUUCCCUCUCUCCUCCCCCCUUCUCCUUUUCCCACUCUGUCUCUCUCCCCCUUGCGCCCACAACGUUUGGUGCUGAUCCGAGCGGGAAGAGGGGGGUGGGUGGGAUUGGAGGGGGAAGACCAUGACCUCCAGCUAUGGGCACGUUCUGGAGCGGCAGCCGGCCCUGGGUGGCCGCUUGGACAGUCCCGGGAACCUCGAUAACCUUCAAGCGAAAAAGAACUUCUCGGUGAGUCACCUGCUCGAUCUGGAGGAGGCCGGUGACAUGGUGGCCGCCCAAGCGGAUGAAAGCGUCGGCGAGGCGGGACGCAGUCUGCUGGAGUCCCCCGGACUGACCAGCGGCAGCGACACUCCUCAGCAAGACAAUGAUCAGCUGAACUCAGAGGAGAAGAAGAAGAGAAAGCAGAGACGAAAUAGGACCACCUUCAAUAGCAGUCAGUUGCAGGCAUUAGAAAGAGUCUUUGAGAGGACACACUACCCUGAUGCUUUUGUACGGGAAGACCUUGCCCGCAGAGUUAACCUCACUGAAGCCAGAGUUCAGGUGUGGUUUCAAAACCGAAGAGCCAAGUUUCGCAGGAAUGAGAGAGCCAUGCUGGCUAAUAAAAAUGCUUCCCUCCUCAAAUCCUACUCAGGGGAUGUGACUGCUGUGGAGCAGCCCAUCGUACCUCGUCCUGCUCCAAGACCCACCGACUAUCUUUCCUGGGGGACAGCCUCUCCGUACAGUGCCAUGGCUACUUAUUCUGCUACAUGUGCCAACACUAGCCCUGCGCAGGGCAUGAACAUGGCCAACAGCAUUGCCAACCUGAGACUGAAGGCAAAGGAAUAUAGUUUACAGAGGAACCAGGUGCCAACAGUCAACUGAGAAAAACAAACAAAAAAACAUUCAAAAACAAACCUAAGAAGAAACCAGAAACAAAGUAAAACAGAAAACCACCAUAAGAUACCUAUCUUGCUCUGUCUACUGCUUCGUCUGCUGGGGAAAACAAACAAACACAAACAGACAGACAAAGAAUGCAGAACUUAAACAUUGGGACCAUAGCAGAGAAAAGCAAGAGAGGAGCAAACUGAAAAAAAAAAAAGAUUAGUUAACAAAUGUUUCCUCUCCCUUUGGGAUAUCACUACCAUUUGUUCCUGUGUUUGAUUAUUUUUAUUUUCAUUCAUCUAUGCUUUGCUCAGUAUAAUGCAAGCUUCUUCAGCUAUGUCCGCCCCAUCCCUCAUUAUUCUAAGUUUUUUUUUAAUUCAUAACAGCAGAACUAUAUAGACAUGCAGAAAAGAGUGCCUAAUGUCAUACCGCUGACCCAUCUUGAGCCUUAGUGCCUUCCCUGUCCUUCUGCCUAGCUCAGUGUCUAAAAAGCUCAGAGGGCUCUCAAGAUUGCCAAAGUCUUUUUAAAGUGCCUGUCUGCCUCCCCAGAAACCUGAUUUGCUCCCUGAUUCUCUCUCUGCAAUGUAUGAGCAGGUUUUGAGGGAUAGCUUCGGGAAAACAGCAGCAAUGUCCAAAGCAGGUCACUAGCCUGUCCUGAUCUCUUCCUACCUGGUUCAUUCAGAGCACUAAGCCUUAUUUAAAAUAAUAGCAACAUAAAACAUGACCCAUCCACUCCCCAAAGUACCAGCCAUUCUGGGUUUAGAAUGAUCCAUACCUUCACCAUUAGCUAUUUUGAAGGGGGAGGGGAGUACCCUACAUUUAAGAGAAAUAGAAAACUAGUCCUAUGCACAAUCAAAGACUGAGAUCUGUAACUGGUGUUGCUCACUGCUUCCUUGGUGCCACGGGUAAAAGGAUAGUCAGAUGCACAUUUAUAUAUAUAUACUGUAUAUAUUUAUAUAUAUAUAUGUUAUAUAUACAUAUAUAAUAUUCUUACGAGCUUGGUUAGAUGGUUUCUCAAAUGUAAUGCAAUGAAGAUGAAAACAUCAGGAUUGUCAGUGGGCUACCACCACUUUGUGUAUCUCUAGUGAAGGCAAAAAUUACUAGUAAUUAGGCUCCUGGUUUAUUUUCUUUGCUGAUAUAUAAUUCCAGUUAAGGCCAUAUAGGGCAACCCUUUCAAAAUAGAUUUUGUUGGUGCACUGUGACUUAAAAUGGAUCAUAGCUUGAUCUGAGGGUAUGGAAAUAAGGCCCUUUUAUGAAGAGGUUGGUUUCAUAUGGUGUGAUGAGAAGACCUGCUUUACAGUGGGAGUUAUUUUAAAGAGAAGAAAAGCCAUUUUAAUCAUCUGUCUUUUCUUCAAUCAACAGUAAUCUGAAAAACAUUUUUUGGAAGUCAGCUCCUUAAAAAAAAUAGAAUAAACCCCCAAUUUUAAAAGGCCAUUUCUUUAAAAAGUGAUUUUGAACCAAUUGUACUUGCAAUUGGGAGCAUGGAUACUUUUAUGGUUUUGUUAAUUGAUGUUGAUUUUCCCAACUGUGCUUUAAUCUUACCAGGAAACCUCAACCGAGUUCUAUCACCAUGCUGUGCCUUAGUUUACCUGUUUGCAAAAUGGGUUUUGUAUUACUAAUCUACCUCACAGGGGUGUUGUGAGGUUCUAAUCAUUUGUUCAAGUCAUUCCUUCCUUGACUUUGUGGCACCUGGGAGGAAAGAUGAUGUCCUCAUUUUCUAGCAGGAAAGUGCUGCCUUGCUAUAAACAAUUGCAAUUGUGUAUUGGGAAAUGGGGAAACUGAUAUAAACUCACAGAUUUCUCAACCACCAUGUCUUUUGGCCAAAAGGUUAAUUUACUUUGACUGCAUGAGAAUCAACAUGAGAAUACCGAGAAUGCAUGCCUUCUUUUUGACAACCCUUGUUUUUCAUUCAUACUUCUUCUCCUGAACAGCUUGGCUCUAGCAUUAUAAAUUGCAAAUCAUUAAAACACUUGAGAUUGAUCUGCAGAUUCCCUGGUGAGGGCCAAAGUGGUGAAGACCACGUAGAGGAUGCAAAGUUCUGAACAUGCCCCAUGCAGAUCAGUCAUGUUCUUUACACAGCAGGUUGAGUUCAUCAUGACAAUCUUUCAUUUCUUCACAUGGACUGCCAUCCAGCCAAAUAUGUAUUCCCUCAUGCUGUCCCUAAAUCUCUGUUGUGAUUACAUGUGUAUUCUGGUGGAUACAAAAGAAGUUCAUAUUACAUCAUCUUGUUUAUGACCAAGUACUUUCCCUCCUCUCCCAACCUACUUGAGAGAAUUCUCACUGGACCCCUGAACUAUAUGCUAAGGGAUGUCGAAUGUAAGGAUCUCUAUACUCAUUUCCUACUUGGCCUCUUGGUUUUCUUUCUGAUAGCUCAUGAAAAAAUACCAAGGUCCAUGAAUUAGAAAGUCACGAUUUGUCUUGUGAAAAGAGUAUGGUCUUGAACAUUUUGAAAUCUCCAAGGAGAGUAGAGGACUAAAAGUGUAAUGAGGUAGGGUGUGUAGCGAAGGUGUUGGAAACACCGUUAUUUCUAACAAGGUGCUUAGGUUUCUGAGGUAGGGAGAGAGGACAGGAUCAUUCUUAAAUGAGAUUUCUCUAAAACAGCUUGAUAUCCCUUGCCAGUCAAGAACAGAGAGUACUAAACACACGACCAGAGUUGGAUAAAUCUUAAGACUGGGACUACAAUUCCCAGACACCUCAAAGUGCCACCAAUGCUAAUCAACCAUGAGGAUUUUUCCUGCUGGAGAAACCAAAGCACUGGCAUCCAUUUUCCUUUGCAGUUCACCAAGAAUUAUAGCACAGUACAAACGCUAUGGUCUUGUGCAUUUCUUUUCUGUUCUUUUUUUAAAUGCAAGUAUUAUAUGGAAUUUAGAGGAGUAGCCCUCUGGCUCCUGGGUCAGGUGCCAACUGGGAACUUGGGCACUACAAAGCUUGAGGCAUCUCCCUGUUUCUCACUCUUACCAUACCCAAAUAAUGAUAAUAAUAAUAAUAAUAUAUAUAGACUAUCUAUCUGCCAGCCUCACCCCUCCACAUAACAAGAUGCUGGUCCAUAGAGGAUUUAAUAGGUGAAAUAAAACCAGGAGAGGUGAUGAAAUGAAAAGGGAACAACACUGAGGGGUAGAAAGACCUCAUAAGAAAUGUAUUAUGUAAAUUAUAUCUUGCUUUAUGUUGUAAAAUAUACAGUGUUUGCGCUAGAAUAGAAAUGAUUCCUUUUCAAUAAAAAGAAAGAACACUCAUAUCUCA